CUCCCGUAAGAGCAACGCCGCGCGGUUAGCGGGGCUUCGAUAGUACGGUCUCGGUGACCGACCGCAGUCGGCGCGCAACAGCAGCUCGCUGGGCGCCGUGCGCGGAGUUGGUGCGCGUUCUUAUUGUUAUCGGCGACACGGGAGAGUACCUGAAGCUCGGUCGUGUACAUAGCGGAUAAGUAGACGGGCGGACGGGUGGGACAGCGGAACAAAAAUGGCCAAUUAUCAGAUUGGCUGGUGCAGCAGGCGAUACCUGCCGCGUCGUACUUCGCCGCUGGACGACAAGCGUUCGUGGUAGGACGGUCUCCUCUCUCUCUCUCUCUCUCUCUCUUUCUCACUUCUCUUUUUCCCGCUCUCCCCUCUUCCAUCUCUCUUUCUCUCUCUCUUUCUUAUCCUCUCUUUCCCUCUCUCUCUUUUUCUCUCUUCUCGCGGCUGAUCCACGAGAGGCAUGGCUUCUGGUGCAUCCUCCUUGGACAGUGCUGGGAGUAGCGAUGGUGCACUUAACAUGGAGAGGGAUAGCGGAAGCUACGGCAGUGUCGGAAGUCCUGUUGGCGGUCCCGAGUGUCGUAGUGACUAUGACAGUUUACAGGCUCAGUGUGAUCAAGCGAUGCAUCAACUUCAGCUACUUAGGCAUAAGCACUCCGAUACCAUAAGACGAUGUGAGCAUACUAUGAAGGAAUUGGAAUACUAUCGUGGCCAGCACAUAGCAGUCAUGAAUCAACUGGAAGCGGCGUCGCAAGAGAGCUCCGCGUUGCGGGGAAAGUAUGGCGACCUGGCGAAUGACAAGCAACGGCUGGAUCGGGAGGUCCAGACGCUGCAGAAAGAGUUGUCGGAGCUGCGCAUACAGAACCAAGAGGUUCUCGUCUCUGACGCCGCCGGCAACGAUACCAUGAAUCAGCACUAUCCGCCCGCGCUGCGAAAGUACGACGCCGUCAAGGACGAGUACGAUUCCCUCAGGAAACGGUACGAUGACUUGAUAGCGUCUCACUCGUCUGCCGUUAGUAAGCUAGAGUUAUCGAAGGAGGAGGCGACUAGGCUGAAGACCGACUACGAGCAGGUGACGCUGGAACGUAACAGCGCGAUACGCGAACGCAACGCGCUCAAGCAGCAGUGCACCGCAGCGAUACGUCAAUGGGACAUCGCGCUUAGGGAGAGGAAUGAAUAUCGUGAGGCGCUCGCCAAGAUCCAGCAGCAGCACGAAGAGGCGGUCAAGGAGAUCAAUCAAGCGAUGGUGCUGCGCAUGAAGGCUAGCAAGGACAUGAAAAGACUGACGGAGGAGCGAAAUGCCGCGCUUCAGGAGUACAGUCUGAUUAUGGGCGAACGGGACACUGUGCACAAAGAGAUAGAGAAACUCACCGACGAUCUCUCGCAGGCUUACGGGAAGGUCACGCAUUUGGAGACGCAGAACAAGCAGCUCGUGGAGGAGAAAAAAACGUUGUCUUACCAAAUCGAGACGUUGAAGAGGGAGAUCUCGUCCGCCUUGCAGGACAGGGACGAGGCUCUACAGAUGUGCAAUGAGUUACGACAAAAGUUCGGCGACUACUCGGAGGGCUCCAGUAGAGACUACAAGCAUCGCCUAGAGAUGCAUUCGUACAGUCGUGAACGCGACAGCGUCAUCAAGGAGGAUGCCGAAAGGGAGACCAACACCAGGGACUACGCGAAGCGGGAUAAGGAACGCAUGGACAAUCUGGAUCAGGCUAACUUGGAAGUAGACAAGCUCAGGAAAUCCGUGGACACGCUGCAAACUGACCUGGAGGAGGCGCUUCAGGAAGCCGAGGUGUCGAAGAGGAGACGAGACUGGGCGUUCAGCGAGCGCGACAAGAUAGUGCUAGAACGGGAGAGCAUAAGGACUCUGUGCGACAGACUGCGAAAGGAGCGCGACCGUGCUGUGUCCGAGUUGGCGAGUGCGCUGCGCGAUUCCGACGACAUCAAGAAGCAGCGAAAUGAAGCGUCGAAGGAGCUGAAAGACCUGAAGGAAAAGAUCGAGUCAGGCGAUCACGCUCUGCGUACCACUCAGUUGGCACAGAGCCUGACGUGCGGUCACGACGCGUCCGUCGUCGAAGGUAACGACUGGGAGAUGAUUUCUAUACACGUGGAGCCCGGCAGGCUCCACUUGGACGCGGACCGCGACCUGGGACUGAUCCUAGUAGGCGGCCGCGACAGUCCAUAUUAUCCGAACGACAACGGCGUCUAUGUAGCACAGGUAACGCAGGGAAGCGCCUUUGACGGUAAGCUCCGAGUAAACGAUUGCAUCACGCGGAUAAACAAUGUUGACUGUACGUCCGUGUCAUCGCGUAUCAUCAUGGAGACCCUGCGCUCAUCCGGUACCGUCGGACCGACGACUAUGAUCGUGAGGCGCCGUCGAAUCACUAGACGGUCGCUGAGAACCACACAGCUGUCGGUCGGUUCCGUACCGCAUGGUAUCACUCUUGAGCUUGGUAUCUACAUCUCGAAGAUAUCACCCGGCAGCUUGGCGGCUAAGGACGGAAAUCUUGCCGUGGGAGACAGAGUGCUGAACAUCAACAGCAAGCCGAUGGAUACUGUAACUUCGGUGCACGAAGCGAUGGCCAUUUUGAACGACACCACCAUAGAUGUGCUGACCAUCACGACGCUGAAGGGUAUCCCCGUGCCCUCGGCUGCCAGUUCGGAAACUAUGACGAUAGACGGUUUCACAGCGGGGAAGCAGAAGAUGGUGAACAGCUGCUCGCAGACCGAACAAGAAAGAAUGAUGCUGAAGGCCUCGUCGGACGACUACGAGAGACGAUACCUUUCGGCAAACUUUGGCGACCGAACUGUCGCGUACAAGGCGGCCAAGUCCGUAAGCGGCGAAAAAUCGAGUGGCAUCAGCAACGCCUGGGACAACUUUAGGGAGAAGAUCGACAUAGUGAGAGGCCGCAAGCACGGCAGUAAGGAGCGCGACGACAAAAAGAAGAGCCACCGCAACUCUAGUCCGAACACUUACGAGCAGGAGCAGGAUGCGAUAGCGGAGUUGGAUUCGGUGAUAGACAGCUACCACAAGAAGGCGAACAACGGCGUGCUGAAGCGCAGCAAACGACGCGGCGCGGAGAAGGACGAGAAGAACGGCGGCACGUGGCCAAAGGCGCGCGGCGGUCCGCUGAUACAGAAUGGGACCGGUACUAUAUUACACCCGAGAAAAACGAAAGAAAGAUUCCCCUUGAGCGUAAUCCUGCCGAAAUACGAUAGCCAUAAUUACAAUCGCAUCUCCAACCCCACACCCCUGACCAGCUUUUCCAAUGUGAGUAAUCGGCAUACCGUUUACAAAGCAGUGGAGACGCCGUUGCCCAGCUUCACCAAGUCCGGCCAGCUCUAUAGCCAGCGUUCCUUCACACCCGCGGCGGCGGCGGUGCAGUUCAAGGACAUCCAGAUCGACAAGAAGCCACCAUCGGCGGAGUUUGUCGAGAGCGCGGCGGCGGAGGCGCGACUUGGCUCCGCCCUGGCGCCGUCUGAGACUAGUAUCGAUUUCUCGUUGAAGUCUGGCGGCGCCGGUCGCGAUCUCGACUACUUCGCCGCCGCGAGCAAACGGCCGCAAAAAUAUAUACCCGCCGGCAGCGGCAGCGAGACGCAGACACCGGAGACCGCGCUACAGCAACACAAUCGUGCGCACUCGCAGCUCUACUCUGCCAUCGGUGGCUCAUCGUCCGCGUCUUCCGCGACCGGCAGCGGCGUCGUCGGCGGGCCGACGCGCCAACAGAUAGCAGCAGCAGCAGCCGGUAACUUUCCGUUUCCCCAUUCGUACGUGCCGCCGCACUCGCAUCCGCAUCACUCGCAUCAUCCGCAGCCGAAUUCCCUGUCCUCGCGUUACCCCUCGCCGCCGUCACUGCCAUCCGCGCAGUCUGGCGAGUCGAUCGGGCUACCCGACGCACGUUCUUACUGUUUCGAGCCCCCGUACAGUCCUGCGCCACAGACCACCGCCAUGUACGCUGGUCAUAUGCACACUCCCUCCGUAGACCUGCACUAUCACCACAAGACGCGCGCCCUGCCGCUCGGCAUACCGUCGUGCGACGUGCCGUCCGCCUACGCGCAUGGAUACGAGGGCGGCACGUUGCCGGGUAGAAAGGAGGAUCAGCGUAUACGCAUACCGUCCAACACCAGCGUCACGUCCAAGAGCAGCGUCGGCAAGCUAUCCACCGGUAGCAUCGAACGUACCUCCGAGAGAGGCAGCCCUAUGCCGACGUUCCACGUGGAAGUACUGAGCCCAGGUAGCGGCAGCGGUACCGGCAGUGGCAGUACCGGUGGUGGCAGCGGUGGCACAGUGAGAGGUAGCAGUGGCACGAAGCGCGCUAGCGCUAGCAUGCCGGAAUACGAUUACUCGCAGUCGAGACCACCGGCUCCCGGUGAGCUGCGGCGUGUCCACAUAGACAAGUCCGUGGAGCCGUUGGGCAUUCAGAUCUCGUGUCUCGAGAGUGGCGGUGUGUUCGUUUCCACCGUGUACGAGCACAGUCUGGCCUCGCAGGUAGGCCUGCAAAUUGGUGAUCAGUUGCUCGAGGUGUGCGGCAUCAAUAUGAGGAGCGCGACUUACCAGUUGGCCGCCAACGUGCUGCGUCAGUGCGGUAACUCAAUCACCAUGCUGGUGCAGUAUAGUCCGGAUAAAUAUACCGAACUGGAGGGCUCAGGGUCCUCGAGUUCGUCGGAAGCCGGCGAUGGGGAGGCCGGUACCGGUAGCCGUAGCGGCUCGCCGACGCCGUGCAACAGCCCGGAGGCACCUCGAAAGAGCGCGGUCGAAACGUUGGAGCCGGCCGAACCGGAACGCGACGCCACCACCACCAUCACCAUCACCACCACCACCGGUGCCGCCGCGCCCACCAUCACCAGCACUAACACCACAAUGAGUACGCUGCGCGUCGAGCGGGACAUGCGACCGUCCGCGUCGCUGGAUGUGAGGAGCACGCAGGAACGGGAGCGCGAGAUGCGGCCAUCCGCGUCAUUGGACAUCAACAUCCGUAAGCCGGAGUUGCGCAGCGCGGCCACGCUGGACCGACUGAACCGCGCGCAGAUGCUACGGCAAAACGCGAUGAGGAGCCCGACGCAGGAGGAGCAGAACAGGAAGCCGCCGCCGGGGAUCGAGCCGCGAUAUCUGCUAAUUGAGACCAGGAAGUGCUCGAAUCUCGGCAUCUCGCUCGUGGGCGGGAAUGGCGUCGGUAUUUUCGUGCAUUCCGUUCAACCGGGUUGUCUCGCGGAGGAGGCCGGCCUGUUCCCUGGCGACAGGAUUUUGGAGUACAACGGUGUGGAUUUAAGACAAGCGACCGCUGAACAGGCCGCUCUCGAACUGGCACGACCAGCGGACAAGGUGACACUGGUCGCCCAGUAUUUGCUUGAACGGUACAACGAGGUGAAAGACAAGCCAGGCGAUAGUUUCUACGUGAAGGCGUUGUUCGACCGAGUCGGCGAGGUGGGUGACAGCCUGCAGCUGCGCUUCAGCAAAGAUGACAUAUUGUACGUGGACAACACCAUGUUCAACGGCACACCGGGUCACUGGCGAGCUUGGAUCGUCGAUCAGACCGGUCGUAGGCAAACUUGUGGAAUCAUUCCCAGCAAGUUCAAAGUUGAGGAGGAGCUACUUCUACGACGGUCCUUGGGCGAUUUGGAGCAGGACGCUGGCAAGCGUAGCAACACGAGCGCGAGGAGGAGCUUCUUCCGUCGAAAGAAGCAGCAGCAGCGAUCGUCCAGCAGCAGAGACAGCAAGGAACUGUCGCAUCUCACGGGAGUCAAUUUGGGAUGGUACAGUGAUAGCGGAACGUUGAACGAAGACACUCUUCCUGCGAGUUAUCAGCGAGUCGAGAGACUCGACUAUCCUACACUGAGACCUGUGCUGAUUAUCGGCCCCCUCAGCGAAUGCGUGGUAACGAAACUUUUGCAGGAAUACCCGAAUCAGUUCACCAGGUGCCUGGCGGAGGCGAUGCACUGCUCACAGGCCACCUUGGAGCAAGGUCUACGUGAUUCACUCUACGUGGAUUAUAGAAAGAAGGGCAGCUACUUUGAGUGUACGACAGUGCAAGCAGUCAAAGAUAUAUGUGAGAGGAAUACGCACUGUAUUUUGGAUGUGUCAAUCGCUUCCAUCGAGAGGCUGCACAGACAUCAAAUUUAUCCUAUCGUCCUGUUGAUCAAGUUCAAGGAUAGGACGCAAAUCAAAGAGGUGAAGGAUUCGAGAUACCCGAGCGACAAAAUUAGUACAAAGGCGGCGAAAGAGAUGUACGAACAGGCGCUCAAGAUGGAAGCGGAGUAUAAGCACUACAUCUCCGCUGUGAUUCCAGCGGGCGUGAAUGUGGCGUACAUAUGCACGCAAAUGAAAGCCUCCGUAGAUGAUGAACAGAGCAAAGCUCUGUGGGUUCCUAAAGGGGGUCCCUGACACAAAAGGGGGGGCCCCCACAAGCCGCAGUGGAAGUCAAUCUAAUUCCACCAGGGGGCCCUUACGUCGUGCGUAUACGCAAAAUUGCAGUCGAUUCUUUCGUUAUUUAUGGUCUCUUGAUUUUUCGGCGGAGGAGGAAGAGGAGGAGGAGGAUGUGACGCAGUCUGCGGAUCCUUCGCUCGACGAAUCGCCGCUACCGAUCGUGCUGUUCAUUCAGUUUGGUUGUGAUAACGAUUCUCGCAACGGUAAUCCAUCUUGCUUCAACUUUCCAUUUAGCUCGUUGAAAUCUUGCAGUGCAAAACUGGCACGUACUUUGGUUGCCGUCGCGUUUCUCUCGGUCGCCGUUUAACAAAAACUGAACUCUUCGUUUUUAUCCUUCUUCUAGUUGUCUGAAUUCUUUUCGGUAUAUUACAUGUAAUAGCUCACAUCUGUGAUCGCUAAAAUUAUAAUAGAAACUACAUAAAUACGCGCGUGAACACGAUCUCUUGGAACCGGCUCUACCGUAAAGGAUUAUAUUUUAUUUUGCAUUUUAUUUGUUCAAUGAAGUUGAGUGAUUUACCAAUUAGAUGCUCGUUUUGUUUGCCUUUUUCUGUUUAAUCCGAGUAUUCGCUUGUUGCCUGAAAGUAUCAAACGAUUCGCGCUCUCAAUAGCCAGUCCGCUUCGAUCUUCGAUCGCGUGUAAAUGUCAAGCAAUGCAACGGGAAGUGCAGCUAUAAGAAUUACGCAAAACUAAUGAUUCGUAAGAGACCAUGAGUGGAUCAGUGCGCUAGAUCGCUAGAUGUGAAGACACUCGUCGUAUUGCGGCCCGUUCGAAAAAAAGAAAGAUUGGUGGAUUAAUAUUGACGAAUCGUAUGUUUUAAUUAGAGGAUAAGCACGUUACGGUCAUUUCGAUGGCCAUCGCGUCGAUUAACCCCUCAGACCAAAAUCGAUGUACAGAAACAAGUUUCGAUGGCGUGUAUCGAGAAAUUGGUUAUUUUAUAAUAAGUAGUGAGAAACUGUAUAGAGAGGAAGAGAGGGAGAAAGAGAAACACACACAAUAUAAACUAUAUAAGCUAUACAUAUAUAAAUAAAUAUAUAUAUAUUUAUAUAAAGUGUGUGUAUAUUAAAGAGAGUUACUUAUAUGUAUAUAAUUUAUUUACGCAAUUUUAUAUACGCGUUUGUCCACUAAUUCUCUUAGUUUAUAUUAUGCAGAGGUUUACACUUAAGUUGUAUAUUGCUUUAUGCUAUUUUUUUAACAACGAUAAGUUGGCAAAGAAGAAAAGGGCACAUCUAUCGCGUGCACAUAACGUAUAUUUAAACGUGUUUGAGGGGUUAAUAACGUACGCGCGCGCAAAUACAGUCGCGAUAAAUUAAGGAAUUGAGAGAAGAGUUCUUCGGCAAAGAAAGAGCGAUGGAAUUGACGCGCGACAACACUCCUGUUCCUGUUAACCGAAUUGUAAAUACGUGUAGUGGUUGAGCGAAAUCGAAAUCAACGUAACACAUAUUACGUUUGUGUAAUCGUAACGUAGUAAUCCGAUUGCUUUCUUACGUCUGAGAGAUCGGAGCUUUCGUAUCGCGAUUUUACGACACAUGCUGUUUUUAAACGAGCUUAUAUAUACAUACAUAUAUACAUACAUAUAUAUAUAUAUAUAUAUAUAUAUGUGUGUGUGUAUAUACAUACAUACACAUAUAUAUUACAUACAUAAAUAUGUAUGUAUGUAUAUAUGUACAUAUAUAUACACAUAUAUGUAUAUAUGUGACAUGUAUAUACACACAUAUAUGUAUAUAUGUGCAUGUAUGUGUGUAUGUGUGUGUGUGUGUGUGUGUGUAUACACACGUACGCGUGGAAAAUAACAGAAAGGAUCUAUCGUGGACUCGAAAAGAUCCACAUGUAUAUCCGCGAACAUUUGUUUACAUUCUUAUGAUAAUAUUACUUGUAUACGUUUUUUUUCUACACACACAUAUACACAGUGUCGCGAUAACGAGAUGAAUUAUUUAGGGGAUAUUUUGUAAACCAAUGUAAUAUUAAUUUAGUGACGUAUCUUUUUAGUGACGUAUCAGUUAGCCGUAUCUGUACCUGAACCGGUGAUUUCGUAAUACGGACGAAGAUACGAGUCUUUCUCUUUUUCCUUUUUUUUUUUUUUUAUCAAUCGGACAGAGCAAUAUACAAAGUACAUCCGUGAUGUAAAAGAAAAUUUAUACACGACAAAAUAUUAUUUUUUUUCUUGCUUAAAAUCGCGUUGAUGAGCGUUAGCGGUAACGUCGGUCAAAAUUAUAAACCGCUAUCACGCGCCGCGAGGAUCGGCUUGCAAUCGCGACGUGAUCGGCAAUACUCAAUUCGGUAUGAUUGUUUGUAGUGAUUAUCUACGCGAAUUUAGGGAUAUAUCUGUUGCGGGUAAUAUAAUUUACGAUGAGUGAGAAGAGGAGCGCACGCCGAGCAAGCGAGCCUGUCGUUUCAUCGCGAAAUUUUCUUUUUCAACGAGACAAUAUCUAGACGUAAGUUAAAGAAGCGAGACCAAAAAAGCUAAAGAAAAAACUCGUUAAUGUUAACUUAAUACAGGGAUUGUGAUUAAAUUUAUGCCGAUGCCGGUUAUAGCGUUGGCGCAUUUAUAAUACAGAAAAGCGAUAGAUAUACUUUUUGAUAUAUAUCAGACUAGGGCAGAUUGCCCCCUGUGUGUUUCACACAGUAGAGAACGCGCUCGUAUUUAAAUAUGUACAGAGGGACCAAGCAUCGAUUGGUUGGUGUCUUCGUAACGACGAAGGAUAUACAGGAAAGAAAGAAAGAACGAAAUUUACGAUUUAUAACAAUAAAAUGGUGGCUGUACGGUGGCUGUAGAAACUUUUAAAGAGAACAAACAACGCAGAGACGUGAAGCAAAAAAGAAAAGUAAUCGUGCGACGAGAAAAAGAAAUUUCACGAACGAUCGUCUGGAGAUUUCGCGCCGAAAUCUCAGCGAACAAAAGGUCUGAUCUUUCCGAAGAACUUCCUAAGCUGGUAUACACUGCUGCAAUAAGUUAGAGUGAAACAAGUAUAUUACGUCACUCACUCUAACUUACAGGAUCAAUGUACACUACUGUUCAGGAAGUUCUUCAAAAAAGAAUAGGUCUAAUCUCGAUCCUCUCUUGGAGAACCGAUCACACUCUCUCGCGGUAAGAUCGAACGCGCAGGCGAAGAACUAGGCAAAAAAACAAACGGAAGAAAAUUAAAGAAUUAUAUUGCAAAUUAAUUACUCUCUCUCAAUCACAGCACUGUGAUACACGUAAUGUUACUCCUUCGAUGACAUAUCAACUUAACAAUCCUUUUACAUAUAUAUUUACACACAUACAUAUAUUAUAAAUACAUAUAUAUACACGAUAUAAAACACAUAUUUUGGGCAAUACUUAUAUAUACACACACACAUACACAUCUAGAUAUGAAUGUUACAUGUAUAACAACGCACUCUCUCGAUAUUUUUCAUCGUAAACACGUGAUUUAGAGAAGAAUGAGGAAACAACUGUUGUAACUGGAUGUAUACGCGACCAUAAUAUAGGGAAAAAAAAUGCUGUAUCCGCGAUUUCAGUCUGCGGGAACGAGUCGAGUCCGACGACUCGGCCGCUGAAAUACGCCACUGAGUAGUAACCAGAGAUUCAUCCGUUGAACGAACAUAGACACAAGGUCCGUCUCUAUAUUUGCACUUUUCGAAGCACACUUUCUUCGACGAAACAAUACAAACGCGCUCGUGUGACAUCGCUCUAUCGUACAGGGCGCUAAUUUUUAUACUUUUUAUGGCAAAGCGAGAGUAUCGUCGAAAUGUUCAAUGUUGUUCAUUCUCAAUACGACGCACGAAAAGAGCGAUCUUGUUAACACGUUUUACGAAGUCCUCUUGUACCGACUAUAGUUAGAUAAAAAUUGCCGAGUUUGUUACACCAUCGUCAUGAGAUCGUCUCUCGUGAGGCCGAUCUUACCCUGUACGAGCCAAGAGCGACGCGCACGUUCGUGACUAGUCCUCGUUAGUAUUCUCCGCUGUUUUCUAUGAUGAACAACCUGUGUGUGUUGUAUCCUCCAUCGCACUAAUCGUCCGAUAAUGUGCAGACAGACACGAGGGGAUGGUCUUUUCCGUGCGUUUUACGCUCGCAAACUCCUGGUCUCAUCUGACACUCGAAGAGGCGUAGCCUCUCGUUCGCGUGAUGAAUCGCACGCUUCAACAGCCCGCGAAAGAACAAAUCGCUUACGCCGCAGUCACGCGAGUGAGUUUACGAGCUUAAGCGCACGGGAGAAUUAUCAACGCAUCUGUCUCUGAUAAGUAAUCAGCGUCGUCUGUCGCCGCAUUUUCUAGCGUCACUGUCUCUAUCUAUUAACUGUCCUCACGAUUUAUGUCGACUUUGUAUCUACGUAUUACUACACGUGCCGCCGCGGACGGGCGAAACGCCAUACGCAUGGCUUUCUCUUUUCUCCGUCUCUCUGUCUCUCCGUUCGUGUAUGUGUCGAGCCGCGUGAACUCGUUUUCCGCAGAAAACUGUGUACUCGCUCGUGUUGCAACGAUACUCGUUGGAAUUGCGAUGUCGCGGAAGUAAUUGUGCGACAGCGAUUAACGAUAGAGAGAAAUUUACUUAACAACAUGGCACGAUAUUUAUACAAUGCUUCUGCACUCGUCCUCAAUCUUGUCUUGUAAAUUCUGCGACGGUGUAAUUUCGCGAAGAGUUCGGCGGCGCUACGCGCCGGUUCUUUGGAAUUCGAUAAACGAUACUAAACUGUAUCGAUUGUUAAAAUUCGGACGGGCGGCGCGUUCUAACAGUAUUACCUUGUUAUCAGUAUUGGAAAUCGAGAGAGGGAACGCGGAGAAAAAAAAUAUCACGCGGUUUUGAUACCAGAACGGUGCGUAUCGUUUCGCCGGUCUCGGGUCUCUUUAAGCGGAAAUAGUUUUUCGCGCAUACUUUAAAGUGUGAUAUUAAUCAAUGCAUAACCCGAAGGUUGACAAGCAUGCUCGAUAGGGUCCCUGACGGAAUAGUUUCUCCGUACGAAGUUUCGCGCGGUCGCCAACUCAAUUGAUCGGAUAUACAGAGUGCGUUCAUUUCUCACGAUCGAUUUUAUGGUUCAAUCUUUGAAUAUUGCGGCGAGGCUCGUUGUGAAAUGAAUCACGAGCGUAACGAUACUCGCGUUAAGUUAAGAAGAGACAUAUAUAAUCACUUUUGCAGGCGCGAAAGUAAACAGGAGAAGUGAAAUAGAGAAAUGCAUUUUUGUAGUUAUGCGCGAAGCGGAAGAAACGAACUCGAAGUGAACAUCUCUGAAGAAACUUUAAGCGGAUAUUGCGUAAACGUGGAUUGCCUUGUACUUCUCUCCCUCACGGUGUCUCCCUCUUCUUCUUUGUGAUACAAGUAUUGCGUGUUCUUGAUUGUAAAACUGAGGAUCAAGGAUCUCACGUUCGCAAAGAAAAUCUCAGAAAGACUAUCUAUUUCCAAUUAUUGAUCGUGAAGAAAAUACUAAAAGAUUAGAAUAUUUUUACAUCUAUGUUGCCUGGGAAAUUUUCCCACAGUGAAAACUGGACGCCCUGUGUGAGGGAGGGACCGAGUGAUCUCGGUCAAGGCUACAUAAGAGUCUGAGCCCUUUUAUGUCGUCUCGGAGGUAAUCCGCGGUUACACGCCACAUUAAAUAAAUUCCCAGAUGUUUGCGUGAAAAGAUAGCAAGAAAGAAUCGAGUUCCUUUGAAGCACACACACGCGGGCAUGCGUGCGUCUGUCUGUUUUAAUCACGAACGAAUGUUAUCAUGAGUUGUGGAAGGAAAGAAGAACGCUCGAUUAACUCCGACGUGCGCGAUUUUUUGCAAAAAUGUUCCGCUCCAGUUAACUCGAUAUGAUAGGGGAGAAGCGGUUCGCGUUACAUAGUUAAAGCGUCGUACAUUAUGUAGACUCGUGUUAUAUAUUGGCGAUUAAUAAUGUCAAUCGGCAAUUCGAAAAACGAGCCGAUCGAGAUAAUAAUAUGUAAUACCCGCUGCUGCCGCCCUGCCGAGGAGGGCUUCCGAAAUAAUGAGACCGUCGUUUUACCAACUUUUCUACUAUUAGUCGAGAAUCGUGUUAAUUAAUUAAUUAGAUCCCGGCGGACCGCUCACACUACGUCGAGUUCUUUCUCGGCAAGCUCAUCGUUCCCGCUGAUAUUUACAAAUUGUUAUCGUAGAUGAGCAAUGCCGCGAGUGCGCGGUCGACGGCACGAUCUAUUCGCAGUUACGAAACUUUGUGCUACGAAUCACCAUCUUGAACUUACACGCAAAUUAUAUUGUUCAUCACGCAGUCCGAUACCGUGCGAUUCAUGUGUAGGAAGUUUCGUAACACACACAAGUGCACAAGUUUAAGCAGUUCAGACACUUCCAGGUUAAUUAGAGGCGCGUUGGUCUUAAUAUGAUCACUGUGUGUGUCCUUUGUUACAAUAAUAAUAAUACGAUAAUCACUAUCCAAGUUAAACUACUCAAACGCACGCGUAAAUUAUAUAUUUCUGCGAUACUAAUUAGCGUCGUAUAAAUGCAGAAUGUAGCUAAUUCUUGUCAAUAACUCUCAAGACAAUCGUUUUCUCACUAUAUAUACUCGAUGAAUUUUUGGACUGACGAUAUAUUCCAAUUAAUACACACUCAUACGUUAUUGUACCGAGCACAGUGAAUUUAUCGAAGAUGUUUUGAUUACGCGUUUCUUUGACUUUGAGGAAAAAUCCGAGAGGGGAUCUUUCAGGAAUGAUGACUGCGAUUCUCCGUGAAGCGAGAAAGUGUCGAAUAAUAGGCAGCUCAGUAAUAUUACAUAGGCAAUUUAGAAUUUGUUGACAAAAGAAACAUAAUUGAUACACAUGUACACACUGACACACAUACAUACACACAUAUACGCAUCACACACGGUGUUUAAUACACGGUGCAAACCGAAAUUUGUGAUUGUGCCAAGAAAUAGAAAUAUUUUUUAUACGAAUUGGUAUUUUAGCUGGUGGACGACGUUGUAACUCACGGAACAGAACGAAAUUUAGAUUAGACAAUCUGAUCGAAGGUAAACUAUUUCGUGUGUUGGUACGGACAGCGAAUCGGGCGUGUCUCUGUCGAGCACAAGCACGUGAUUCUCGUCUCGAGCGAAUUUUCUUACACCCCGAAAAUAAAACGUCUUUUGCUCGAGGAGACACGACGGCGCUCUGUACUUUUUUCGCUGUUGAAUCGCGUCUUCCUGCUUCUUUUCUGCCAUAUACCUAAGUAAAAAAAGGGGAGAAAAGAAGAGAGAAAGAAAACGAGAAAGGGAAACAGUUAUCCUGCUCGUUUAUAAGAAUCAAAACUCAAUGAAUUGUUAUAAGUUUUAUGGUGUUUCUUACCGUGUGUGUUACAAAUAAUUGUUUACUGUGAAUCUAUAUAACAAUCGUGCAAUAUCUUGUUACUCGGUAUCGUUUCCAUAUAUUUCUCGUGAAAGCUGGCGAUCUUUUGCGUAAAUUCACAGCCGAGGGACUCGGUCGAAGAAUUCCCCUUGUUGUGCAUACGCGACAGUAUAAUAUGACAAAUCAAUCCAGAAACCGUCGAGACACUCCGACACAAGUAACAAAGUAACGAGAGAAGGGCGCUGACGAGAGUGAGAGGUAUUACGAGAUAGUACACACAUUUUCGAAGACGUUUUAUUUUCUUCUUCCUGCAAUGGUUUUGAUACCAAAUGUUUUAGCUCGUAUUUAUAAAGAUACACAUUAUGUCAUUACGCAAUGUAUCGUUAUACAUAUAAUAUACGCGCGUUAUUAUACGUAAAUGAAAAGAAAAAACGCGUAUAUUUUCUAGGAUAUAUGUAAAAAUGUACAGGGUAUCGCGCAUCGACUCAGGUCCGAUACAUCCUGUACACGUGCUAUAUAUAUGAUAUGUACAUACACACGUGUGUAUAUAUAUAUAUAUAUGUGUGUGUAUGUAUAUAUAUAUAUAUAUAUAUAUAUACACAACGGAAUACGAACAAUUAAUGACGUUUGUAAUACCACAUUAAUGAAUGUACAAGAUAAUCGGUAUUAUUAUUGAGUUAUACAUUCAGCGCUACGCGUGAAUGCUCGAAACGAAACAAAAUGACAAAAAUUACAAAAAAAACUGAUUAAAAAAAUAUUAAUGUCUUAAGGAUCGUUACUAUUUGUGAACCUUCUUCUUUGUAAAACGCGCGACAAUAUUGUCGGAUAUGUAGAGGGAAAGCAAGGAAAAUAAAGUCGAUUGUAACGAA